GUACUUCGUACGUAUAUUUGUUCGACGCUUGGCGUCAUCACAGCCCCUGUCAAUAGGCGUCAACAUGGGAGCUGGUGCAAUGACAAGUUGACGUAAAAGCUUAGAGCAGCCAAGUCACCUCUCGGAUCAAGUCAUUUCCUGCUUUGCUCAAGGACACAAUAUCAAAGUUGCCAAGUCUUGCAUUUCUGUGGAAUUAAUCCCUCGAUUCGCCCAUCAUACUAAAAUCUGAACGUAUCAAUCAGGCUGCUUUAGCAUCACUAGAAGCCUCCUGACUGUGACGCAUGAAAGUCAUUCGGACAAUCCGUAAUCGUUAAGUACUUACCAAGUACUGGAAUGGCCCAUCCGGUGGAAGCAACAGUUUCGAAGCCAGCCCAACCCGAAACAUCUCGGAAACAUUGCUGGGAGUGUCUCCGACGCAGGUUGGUCUGCGAUUCCGUGCGGCCUGUGUGCGACCGCUGCCGGAUUCACGGAUUGGUAUGCCCGGGCUACGACGAGAAACAGCCAUUGCGCUGGGUUCAACCGGGACGGGUAACGGCGCAUACUCGGCGGCGACCCAACGCUGGGUCUUCUGCCCGUACCAAAAAGAGGAAAUCAGACAAUACCGACGUGAAGAACGCCGAUGUGACAGAUAGGUCUCUCGUGACAGAUGGAAAAUGCUCCAGCGAAGAUAGACUUUGGAAGGAAUUCCACACGUUGUACCUUCUUGGCCAAAAGCAGCCCAGGACACUAGAUGCCAUCAUGAGAUAUGACAUAACAAGCGAGAACUUCGCAGGUGUUCAAGCCUCAUAUAUCUACAACUGUGGGAUAUAUGAGCGAAGCUCACCGCUCCCCCUCCUCCACGAAGGGCCUCAAGCCGCGUUACCGCUAGCGAAGAUUGCGCAGUCCCUCCCGGCACAUAUUCAAGGACUCUUCAUCCUAUUAGCAUUAGGGCAUCAGAUACUCCAACUUCCGCGAGAUGUAGACAAAAGCGUGCGGACCCGAGCGUGGUCUGCCGUCUCGUUCUGGACGUUUCAAGUUGUCCACAAGCUCAACGAGGAAAUUGCACAUGAAAAGACGCAGGCUAGCGAUAUCACAAUAACAGCCGUCGUGAUGCUCAUGAUGAUUGAUCAGCAAUUAAAGCCUUCUAGCAAUUGGCGAUUUCAUUACCGAGGACUUAUGCAGAUGCUGAUGAUUCGCGGCGGGGCCAGGAAAAUCUGGCUAGAAUACCCGCACAUGCACAAUGCCCUAAUGAGUAUGGUGAUGGGGGAGAUUUUUGCGAACACAACAAGCCCAAGCCAUGACCAGGUUACUGAGCUCUCGCAUCCCAAAAAUUUCGGUUUCCUGCCAGCUAUAUUGGGAAGCGUUGGUGAAGCCGGGAAUAUUUACGUCGGAUCAAUCUGCCCACCUCCGCUGCUCUAUAACUUAAUCACAAUUAAUCAUUUACGAGCUCUCGCAACACAGGGUAUAGAUAAUGUACCUUCACCGUCUUCACAACUACCACCAUUGUCAUCGGCGUCGUCAUCAUCAUCCUCAUCAUCUUUGGCUUCCACUUUACCUUCGAUAUCGGUUAACAGAGAUGCACAAACCCUCUUAGGUCAGAUUCUCAGCUUCUCCCCAGAGCUCUACGCCGCAACGAACGGCAACGCGCGGACGCAAUCAAAAUGGCUCCUUGUAGGGAGGAUCCAUCAAUCCGCCGUAGUGCUCUAUUGCAUCCUUUCGCUACAACAUGUCCUUCUCCUGCCUGACACCGCGGCUCUCUCGCGUACAACUCAGACACACUACAGCCGUCUUCUCGUAGAUCUCAAAGAAGGGUACAAGCACGAACGAUUUAAGAACUGCUUAUUCUGGCCGCUGAUUGUGGCGGGCGUGGGCGCUGUUAAUGGAACGGCCUUCGAGAAGGCCUUUAUCGCGGAUAUAAUUAAAGACUGCGCGGGGGAUGUGGGCAGCUCAGUUCCGCUAAUGGCGCGCAAUUUGCUGAUGUCGUUCUGGAGUUCCGGCAAGAAAGGCUGGGACGACUGCUUUGAACAGCCUUUUAUCUUGCUCGUGUGAGGUUUCAUACCUAGGGCGAGUCCACUCACAUAUGACGAUCAUGGCAAAGAUGUAGAACAAUCCAUCGAAACAUGAUAUGUGAUCCUUUCCUUCAAGAACAUGUGUGACGGGGGAAUUGAAAUGCUAAUAACGCAAAGCACAGCACCUCAUCAUAUAUAGUAGUCAUUUUGCGCACCUCGGCGAACGGGAUUGAACAAGCCGCCUGAACAACGAGCAUUGAGAGUGUCGACAGUUAUUCUGUGGCCCGAAAUUGACGUUACCGCAAGUUACAUUGCUGGUUAUACCACCCUAUGCUAUGCUGUGCUCAACACUUUUGGAACAUUGAGUUGUUUAUUCCGUAAUUGCUGUAUACUAGAUCUACAUAUAUUACCCAUUCCAACUCAUACUAUGUACUGCACGUACAAUGCCCGGACAGAUAAAUCCGUGCACUCUAAGACCCAGUAUACCAAUACUACCACUUUAAACCUUCUUAUACGUUCAUUGAAGAAUAGACUACUUGCCUUACGCCGCGCACGUGAAUGGUACACAUCAUAUUAAAGAGCAGAAGCUGUAGAGUUUACC